AUGGCUCGGAACACACGGUUCCCCUUUGACCAACCUUCCUUCCAAAGCAGCGACUUUCGACCGCUUCUUCUCCCUCAGAUUGCUUUUGGAGAAGGAGAGCCCUUCUUACGAGGUUACAGUUCUGAGAUGGACAGAUAUGGGAUCUCACGGGAUCAAUUCCUUCGAGUGGUGGAUGAGAUUAACGUAGCCCGUACGCCCAACCCUGAAGUAAAAUUAUUCCAAAUGGGUGCUGGCAUUGCUGGUUGGUUCGUACCUGGCGUUGCUAGUAUUGGGCUUCUUGCAGGUCAAGCCGGUGUUGGUGUUGCUACAGCGUUCGGCCAUGCAUCGAUAGUUUCCAAGGCAUUAUCGAAGGCCAACAUGGAGCUAUUUUCGCCUAAUGGACUUGAAAUAUGUAUUAUCACGACCGAAGACCUUAACACGGAACUGGGCAUCUCCUCCUAUGGAAUGCGAGACGUGCCAUAUAACGCGUCACCAGUGGAUAGACUGGGCAUUUAUGGGCCUCGAAUUGCCUUUGUGAAUGAGAUCCUACCUGAUCGAUCGGACAUAGGACGACAAGACCCUCUGGCCAAGGCUGGCCGAGCACUCAAUAAAAGGUCAAACAAGAGGAAGGCUCAAGACGCACAGGAGAGGUUAGAUAAAGGAGAAAGGAAGGAAAAAGGAAAACGACGACUCUUUAAGUCGUGUGAUGAUAUUGAAUGGCUUGUGGUGAAGCUGGCACCUCCUAUGAGCGCUGGGCAAGUGUAUUGA